UGCAAACGAUUGUUUGCAGAGAUACACAACAGGAGGCAACUACAACUCAAGGUUACGCCAAAAGAUGGUAUCAUUGGUGUAACAUUGUUGGACAACUCUGAUGUAGAGAUGUUUCACAACCUUGUGGGCACGCCUCGUAGCCUUCCACCAACAUUGACACACCUCGAGCUUGGUCCCAAGUUCAGAUUGUUGGACCAAUCGUUCAUCCCUCCAUCGCUCACAUCACUCAAGUUGAAAAGUACAUUUCACUAUAACCUGAGGUUUGAUCAGUUGCCACCAUCACUCAAGACACUGGAGCUUGGUGAUCAUUUCAAAACCUAUUCAGAAGAUGCAAAUAGAAGGAUGCCAACAACAAUCACAUCUUUGUCACUGGGCGACAUCUACAAUGACCCUCUUCUGCCAGGUCUCCUCCCUCCAUCACUCAUAUCGUUGACUCUGGGUGCUCGAUUCGACCAACGCAUUGGCGAACGAUCACUUCCACUCACAUUGGAAACACUAAAGAUUGGCAUGAACUAUACACAGGAGUUUGGAUUGGAAGUGCUGCCACCAUCACUCACCUCUCUCUCAUUCGAUAGAUACUCAUUGUACAACAAAGAGUUCAUGCCAGGAGUGUUGCCCAACCAACUUCAAUCAUUGACACUUGGAAAGCAUUACAAUCAGAUGUUUAGAGUUGGAUCACUCCCGCCAGAACUCACUCGCUUGUCAAUUUCGCAAACCUAUGAUUCAAAAUAUAAUCAAGAGUUCCAACCUGGUGUACUGCCCGCUUCACUUCACAUAUUGACUCUGGGCCAUUCAUUCAAACAAUCGAUUCGACGAGGUAUUCUGCCCAACUCUUUGACCGAAAUUGAGGCACCCAUGAAUGGAGACCAAGUGAUCGAGCCAGGUGCACUUCCCAACUCACUCAUUUCAUUGACUAUCCUCAACAGACCAGAGAUCACUGUUGGAAUGCUGCCCAACUCACUCCAAUCACUCUACAUUACAGAACAGUUUCCCGGUGUCAUCCCAGUGGGAGCACUGCCAGAGUCAUUGACCAUGCUAUCGUUUGACAGUUGUACCAUUAUUAAUGAUCCAAUCCAACCUGGCACAUUACCAUCAUCACUAAAGACCUUGAAUAUUGGUCCUUACAUGCACCGGAUCAAACAAGGUAUCCUGCCCUCUGCUUUGACAUCACUCACGUUUAUUGGCUGCAACAAGGAAUUCCAACCUGGAGUGUUGCCAUCGUCAAUCACCGCAUUGGACCUGGGCCAUUCGUAUGCCCAUUCACUGACUGCCAAAGAGCUCCCAUCAUCACUCACAUCGCUCAGAAUAAGUGGUGCACCCUUGACAUUCCCAAGAUUGGAGAGUCUUGAGAUCAGUUCAAUGAAAUACUUCACAGAGAUCAAGUGUGAUUAUAUUGGAUCACUGCUUAUCGAUUGUAGCAUUGAUAUCAAGAAGACAAACAGUAAAUGGCCUUCGACCAAACAACAUUUUGGAUCAUUCACCAUUGGCAGCAGAUCACACAGUUCAACGACCGAUCCCAAACAUCGAGUGCAACAUAUCAAGUCACUGAUCAAAUCGAUACCAAACGUUGACUCUUACAACAUACACUGCGUAGACUGGAGUGUUCAACUUCGCAAGACUGAUCAAUGGAAUGCAAUCAUUCUCAUCAGUACAUACAGAUGUAUAGAGGAUGAACAAUCAAUCACCAAGAAGAGAAUACAGUUCGUCACUUUGGACAAGUCUGGAGAGUUGGUGUCAAGAUUUCAAGAUGAGAUCAAUCGUUUGAAACAAGAGAAUGAUCGACUCACCAUCACCAAUGCAAAUCUUAUUGAGGAUGGAAAGAAGGUAGGGUCGAGGACCAAGACAAACGAUGUGAACAAUAGAUUGAAACAAGAGAAUGAUCAACUCAGGUGCAAAGUGGAACGAUUGGUUCAAGAGAAGAAAGAGGAAAGCAAGAAGUUAGAGUCGGUCACCAAUCAACUCAAUCAAUAUUUGAAGGAAUGGGAGAUCAAAGUAGUUGUACCAACACCACCAACCAAGCCUGUUGUUGCCAAGAGUACAAGAAGAAGG